AUUUCAUUUACUUGUUCAAUGCCUAGCUCCAGCAGCUCUCACACUUCAGCGCCGGUGGAAUUUGGAAGACAAGAGUAUGAUUACAAGGGGCCAAGUCGGUUUUGCUUUUGUGGUUUGAAGGCUCCGAGGAUCAUGUCUUGGAGCGAAAAGAAUCCUGGUCGAAGGUUUUUUGGAUGCCCAAUCUAUGAUCCCAUGAAUAAAAAGCGACAGUGUAAGUAUUUUGUGUGGUAUGAUCAAGAUUUCCCUUUUAGGGCUAAGAAGGUUAUCUCGUGGCUGCACAACAAUAAGACAGAAUUGGAAACUGAUUUGGAUGAUGCAAGGGAAAGGAUCAAAGCUCUUAGGAAUGUUUUGAAGCGUUAUGAAGAAAAAGGAGAGCAACCGAUUGAGGCAUUGGAGAAGAAAGUUAAUGAUUUGCAGAUGUUGGCAACAAUGACAAUGGUGUAUGCUGCGAAGCUAGAGAAAUGGAAGAAAUGUGGUCAAAUAUCUUUGGUCGAGGCUGUUUUCCUUGCUAUUCUACUUGCUUUUUUCUUGUUUAGGAGUUGGGUUCUACUUGUUGAUGGGAACAGGGGUUUCAAAAGGCUUGGAAAUUAAGAAACUAGGCAAAUGGGGAUAGUUUUGUUU